UAUAGUUAGAGAAGUUGGUGACACAGUGAAUAAAGGAGUUGGUAUUAUUAUAUAUAUAAUCCUCCUUGCAUUACAUUUUGUUGUCAUUGGCUAAGGUUCCUCAACUCAUCGCAACAUUUCUUUGUGAACUCUUUUUUGAUUCUGAGAGCAGAAGAACAUGGCUAAAGCAAUUGCAGCUUCUUUCUUGGUUCUGCUUCUGGCUUUCCCCACUGUGUUUGGAACUGACCAUGAUGUAGGUGAAAGUGCUGGAUGGGCCCUUGGGACUAACUAUGCCACCUGGGCCUCUGGAAAAACUUUCAGGGUUGGUGACAAUUUGGUGUUCAAGUAUGACUCAACCCAUGAGGUUGAUGAAGUUGAUGAGAGUAGCUACAACAGCUGCAGUUCAAGCAACAGCAUCAAGAACUACAAGGGUGGUAACACCAAAAUUGAACUCUCUUCAACAGGCAAAAGGUACUUCCUGUGUCCCACAGCAGGCCACUGUGCAGGAGGCAUGAAACUAGAAAUCAAUGUAGUGGCUGCUGCUAGUGGCACCCCUCCAACCACCCCAAGUGGUACCCCCCCAUCAAAAUCCCCUUCUCCUCCCUCUGAGUCAGGAUCCCCUGCAACCAACUCCACUUCACCACCUUCUCCAAAGUCUAGUGGAGCAGUUUCUGUGUCCAGUGGCAUUGCUCUUUUGGUGGGGUCAGCAAUUGUCUUUGCCUUCAUGGCUUAAUUACCUAGGGAAGAGGCAGUGCUGUUUUUACCUCUAUUAAUAUGUUCUUGUUUUUUUAUUUUAUUUUAUUUUAUUGAGUUUGUGUGAAUUUCAUUUGAUCCAGAUUUGUAUCUGAUCUUGAUGUGUAUCACCCUUUAAUUUAAAGAAGAAAAAAAAAAACAUUUCUUUAACUGGUUUUUUUCUCCCUUUUCUUGUGAUGAUGGUGACAUUAGAUGAGUGUAAUUCCUUGCUUCUUUUUG